AUGUCCCCACUCUGGAAGCUCUUCAUUCUCCUUGGCCUUCUGGCCUCGCACUCAGCCCUGCCUGAGCAGCCCUGGCCUGGCCUGGCCAAAGUUCACACAGAGAGCAGGUCCACUCUGGCACAAAUUAUUGCCCAGGGUCUCAUGAGGCACAAUGCAGAGGGCCGAAUCCAGAACCUUCAGCUCCUAAGCAGUCUGAACGGCUCAGAGCAUGUGGCUCCAGGGAUGGUUGGCUGGUUAAUUGGCAGCACAAGCUUCCAGCAGCAGAAGGAAGACAGCAUCAACAUCACCAACAUUCAGCUGGACUAUGGCGGGAUCCAAAUGUCUUUCCAUAAGGAGUGGUUCUCGGCGAAUAUCUCACUUGAGUUUGACAUCAGAUUUAGACUGCCCUUCAAUAACAAGAUUAUACAGCUGCGUGCACGCAUGAACCUCGUUGUGGAAUUCUGGCUGGAGAAAGAUGAGUUUGGCCGGAGGGAUCUGGCAAUGGGCAAUUGCCAUGUGGAGCCCAGCAGUGUCGGUGUGAUGGUCCUAACUGAGAAUACCCCACCAAAGAUGAAACAUUUUAUCCGCAACCUCAGAGAGAACCUGGAAAAAGUUAUUCCACGCCUGGUAGCAAGCCAGGUAUGUCCUCUGAUGGACGAAAUCCUCAGGCAGCUGGAUGUGAAACUGUUGAAAAGCCUACUGGGUGUGUGUCUUCGGCCAUAUGGGAAGGACUGCUCGGACUUGGCCAAUGGCUGGAAGAGGUACCCUCCACCAGAGCCUGAGGGCUGUCUGCACGUGCUCUGA